AUGAAGAAAAGGGAGAGCCGUUUUAAACCGUUUAAUGACUCUGAUGAGGAGGACGAACCUUGUUUAGGUGACAAAGAUGAUCCCUAUUUGAUGGGUUCUGAAGAGAGACGCGAGUGGAGAAACAAAAUUAGACAAGUUUUAGAUACCAACCCUGAUGUUGAAGAGGAGUUAGACCCUAUUGAAAGGACGAAGAAGGUGCAACAACUUCUGGCCAAUUAUCCUCUUGUUGUGGAGGAGGAUGAUCCUGAAUGGCCUGACGACGCGGAUGGGCGGGGUUUCAAGUUGGAUCAAUUCUUUGACAAGAUUACUAUCAAGAAUAAUACGGCAAGAAAGGAUGACAAUGAUAAUGAUGAUAGCGACAAUGAAAUAGUGUGGCAGGAUGAUAAUUACAUUCGUCCCAUUAAAGAUGUAGUAACUGCAGAAUGGGAAGAGACUGUUUUCAAGGACAUCAGCCCUUUAAUCAUUCUUGUACAUAAUCGCUAUAAAAGACCAAAAGAAAAUGAAAAGAUUCGGAAUGAACUGGAGAAGGCUGUACACAUCAUAUGGAACUGCAAGCUACCUUCACCAAGAUGUAUUGCAGUUGAUGCUGUUACUGAGCAUGAUUUGGUAUCUGCUCUCAAAGUGUCUGUCUUCCCCGAGAUCAUCUUCACUAAGGCUGGGAAGAUUUUAUAUCGUGAGAAAGCAAUUCGAAGUGGAGAUGAGUUGUCAAAAGUGAUGGCCUUCUUUUACUAUGGAGCGGCCAGACCACCUUGCUUGAAUGGCAUUGGAGAUAGGCAGGAACCGAUUCCAUAUGUCUCUGCCAAUGUCCAACCAUGA